CGGGUUUUCAUUAGGGCCUCGUGGUUCUGGCUGCCCACUUGCGUCCCCCAGCGGGCUCUCCAAACUUAUUGCCAAGUGACAAAUCAGUUGCCUUCUGCGACGGUCCAGAUCACAAGCGGUGCUCCAACGAUCCGAUACGAGGAAGACAUUUUCACGCAGCGAAAAUCAACACUUUGAUAUUUCAGUGUACUCUUUGAUUCAACGACGGAAUUUAAAACGACUAUCGAACCGGUUUCUUUUUUGUUGUUGUGAGUGAUUGCGUGUGUUACGUCUCACCUGUGACUUAAGGUUCACAGCUCGCACACAUCGCAGUUUAGUUAAUAUCCGCUGUUUGGGCGAGUGAGCAUCACAAAGUGGGUGUUAAGCAACCAUUGAAUUCGUAGACUGAUAAAAACAUAAUCAGCCAUGAUGACUUUGAUGCCGUAUCUGGAAUCGGGAUCCACGAUUCCAUCUUCGACAGCCAAUCGUCUGGAUUUGGAUGAUGAUCAAAUGGUCGAGUCUCAUCGACAGGUAAAGCGACCCAGAACCGACAACGACACGGACGCUUUAUCAGCUGCAAGACUGGGCGAGAGUGGUCACGUGUCCAGUCCUGCCAGCCAAUCGGAAUCGACAUGUGGGUCUCCUGGUGAACAAGGCGGGGGAAGCGGAGGUGGGGGACACAACGGGCAUCCGCCAGAAGGCCAGCCGGCGAUCCAGCAACAGCAAGGAGGUCCCGUAGGAUCGGGUCCAGGCAGUGGAUCUUUGGUAUCCAGGACGAUGACCUCUUCAACACCGACCUACUCUUCAUCCCCGGCGUCGUGGACCCUAGCCCCAUCUUCAGAUAAUUCAUUAGUUAAAUCCGAACUUCUGGGAGCCACAUCUGAGGGCAAUCUAGGGCCGACGGAUUCGCCGUUCGUCAGCGACGCUCUGGCCGCAGUUACCGGCGACUACCAAUCGGCCUACGCUGCCUCCUAUUACAGCAGUGCGAUGCAGGCCUACAGCAGUCAGUCGACGUCGGCUUACAUGCCGAGCGGCGGAUUCUACAAUGGCACAACGUCCCAGACGCCCUACGGAGUCCUCGCACCAUCCACCUACACAGCAAUGGGCGUUCCCGGUACAAGAGCACUAGGCCAACAGUGUAAAAAUGGACAGUCUCUAGCACAAACGCCUCCGUAUUUGAGCUCGUACGGGUCGGCAUUCGGUGGCGUCACGGCCAGCAGUUCGCCGUCGGCUCCGCCCGCCUACGCGUCGGCUUAUGGAUCGGCAUACAAUAGCGCCAGCGCCGCUCAAUCGUUCACCAACAGUCAGCAAGUUCCAACGGGACUGGAUUACGGGACGUACACGCCGUACGGCCAGGCCAGCAGUUACGCGUCGUAUUAUGGACAAAGUUAUGCUCCGUAUGGUAACGGUGGUGUCACUGGUACAACGUCGUUGCCCAGCCUAUCACCCACCGGACUACCAAACCUCGGCGUCCCUAACUCCACCAACGGGGUGACCAACAGCAACAACGUCUCUGCCUCCACAGCCAAUUUCACAUCGACGGGAUCUUACCAACAGUUGCCGCACGCCAGCUUAACAUCGGUUUCAUCUUCCCUUUCAGAAAGUCCGACGUAUCCCGUUGUGGAGACUAGCAGUCCACCACUGACGAUCAAAAGCGAUUCAACGCCAACCAACACAUCGCGGAGAAGUAAAGAAACGUCUACUGAAGGUGGAUCGCGAAGCGCACGGAAUCGGAACCGGAGAGCGCCAAACCCGUCGCCAGAUCCCGAAUCAAAUUUGGAUCGCGUUUUUGUCUGGGAUCUUGACGAGACCAUCAUUAUAUUCCACUCGUUAAUGACCGGCUCGUAUGCCUCCAGAUUCGGAAAGGAUGUUCCGGGCUCGAUUCAACUCGGAGUCGGCAUGGAGGAGCUGAUUUUCAACCUAUCCGAUACUCACUUCUUUUUCAACGAUUUAGAGGAAUGUGAUCAAGUCCAUAUCGACGACGUCUCCUCGGACGAUAACGGCCAAGACCUCAGUAAUUACAAUUUCCGGACGGACGGUUUCCAUGCUGCCGCCACCAAUGCCAGCCUGUGCCUGGCCACAGGCGUCCGCGGCGGAGUCGACUGGAUGAGGAAGCUUGCCUUCCGGUAUAGAGCCAUCAAAGAGAUUUACAACCGCUAUCGCAACAGCGUCGGAGGAUUGCUGUCGCCAGCCAAGAGGGAGCAAUGGAUCCAACUGCGGAUGGAAAUCGAGUCGCUGACGGACAAUUGGCUGACGCUGGUGACCAAAUGCCUCGAACUGAUCAAUUCCAGACCCAACUGUGUCAACGUGUUGGUGACGACAACGCAGCUGGUUCCAGCUUUGGCCAAAGUCGCACUCUACGGCCUGGGCGGUGUCUUCGCCAUCGAGAACAUCUACAGUGCCACUAAAAUCGGUAAAGAAAGCUGUUUCGAGCGCAUCGUUUCUCGGUUUGGACGAAAGUGUACCUAUGUCGUCGUCGGAGAUGGCCGUGACGAAGAGAGCGCUGCCAAGCAGUUGAAUUUCCCGUUUUGGCGAAUUUCAAGCCACCAGGAUAGCGCCGCCCUGUAUAACGCCCUAGAUAUGGGAUUCCUGUGAACAUUGCCACUCAACCAGAGGAAGAGACGAACGA